AGUCCCCAGGCGCUACUUUUGUUGGAUUGUUGGAUUUGUUGUUAUUUCUUGAUUUCAAUUUUAUUAUUCAUCUAUACCAUAGUGGAAUUCUACUAUGAUCUAUACCUAAUUUAGAGAUUCAAUCAAUUUGUUAUCUUGAUAUCUCACGCAGGCAUAGAAAUAUAACAAUGGAAAAAUUAAAAGAAAGCAAAAAUGUAGCCAUAGUGGUCUUGGGUGAUAUUGGCAGGAGCCCUAGGAUGCAGUAUCAUUCUCUAUCACUCACAGAAAUGGGCCAUAAAGUAGAUGUUUUUGGUUAUGGCGAAACUAGCCCCAUGAUUGAAGUUAAGGAAGCUCCACUAAUACAGUAUCAUUAUUUGGUUCAAUGCCCUGUCAUUCCACUGAAGAUUAUCAAUUAUGCAUUCAAAACUGUAUGGCAAGCACUCACUUUAUUAUUUCUACUUCUGGUUAAUAGAAGACCUGACUUUCUUGUCUUGCAAAAUCCACCAGCAAUACCUGCUAUCCUGAUUUGUUGGGUAUUCUGCAGAGCUGUUGGCAGUAAAUUCAUUAUAGACUGGCAUAAUUAUGCUCAUACUAUAAUGGCUCUGAAUCAUUCCAGUGAGAAUAUAUUAGUGAAAAUCACUAAAAAAGUUGAGAUAUUUGUUGGAAAAAGAGCAGAUCACAAUUUUUGUGUUACUAAUGCUAUGAAAACAGACCUAUACAAACAAUGGGGUAUUAGUGCCAUAACCUUGUAUGAUAGACCAUCAAACAUAUUCAGAUCAAUUUCUGUAGAAGAAAAACAUGAUUUCCUGAUUCAGUUAGGAAAAAAGUAUCACCAAUUGGUUUGUACAGAAAACUCUACUUUGUUCACAGAGAAAGUAAAUGGCAAAGUUUUUCUGAAAUCAUCCAGACCUGGUGUAUUAGUAUCCAGUACAAGUUGGACAGAAGAUGAAGAUUUCACUAUCCUGUUGUCAGCAUUGCAAGAUUAUGAAGAUCAUAUAUCAAAUGGGAAUGACAGAAAACUACCCAAAUUGGUAUGCUUCAUAACAGGUAAAGGUCAUUUAAAAGAUUACUACUGUAAAAAGGUAGCUGAUAGUAAAUGGAAAAAUGUAACUGUCAUAACUCCAUGGCUAGAAUCCAGUGAAUAUCCCUUAAUAUUAGCAUGUGCUGAUUUAGGAGUAUCUUUACAUACUAGUUCCAGUGGAUUGGACUUGCCAAUGAAGGUUGUUGAUAUGUUUGGCUGUGCAUUGCCAGUAUGUGCAUAUGAUUUUAAUUGUUUGCAUGAAUUAGUUCUACAUGAGAAAAAUGGUUACACAUUUAAAUCUUCUGGGGAGCUAUCUAAGCAGCUACAUAAUUGGUUCAACAACUUCCCAAAUGAUCAUAACCAACAAGAAACUGAGUUGAAAUUCAAGGAGGAAUUGAAAGUUUUCCAGCGUUUAGGGUGGAGAGAAAACUGGAAUAAUUUGGCUAAGCCAAUAUUUACUCAGUGAAAGUUCACUUUGUUAAAUCACCUUAUUCCAUCCCAUGAUAUCUAAAUUCAUCAAAUGAGUGUAUUUUUUCUGCAUGAUUCUGCUGAAUAAAGAUUUCAACAAAAUUAAAGAUGUGGGUUAUCAG